AUGGCCAAGCGACUUGGCCGACCAUGCAAGAAAGCCAAGACUACAAAGAAGAAGACCCCAGAAAAGAAGCUUGGCAAAGCCUCUUCGCUUCCUGGUCCCCUCUGGGGUGCCUGGCUUGACCACGUACUCGCUCAAGGCAGUACCUGGCUGUGGGUGGCGCUGGUGCUUAGUCACUGCUUCUGUCUGAGAAUCACUGAAGUGCUCAAGCUCAAAGCCAGAGAUUUUCUAUGGAAGAAGAAAUGUGUGCAUAUUGCACCUCUCAAGCGCCAGAAAGCUGUUCACAAGAGCAUGCUCUCCGCCCUCGUGCCGUUCCUGAAAUCUCUGCGAAGCAAAGGCAAGGCCAAGAAGCGCUAUCAGAAGAAAGGUGUGCGGGGGGUGGUUGCCUUCUUCGAUACGUGGAAGUGGCCCGCUAAAGACACCGAUUACCUCUUCCCCUCACACAGAUCGGAUGCGAAGACAGAGCACCGGAGCAAGGACACGGUCACGAAGUCCAUCGGUCGUCUUCGCCUCACCUUUGCACCGCCAGCGGAGGUUUUCGUUGAGGCAGAGAAGAUCAGGUCACACAGCGGGCGUCACCGAGCCAUAAAUGACAUGAAAAACGCCAACAUCUCACAGCAUGUGGCUAUGAAGUUCGCACGCAUCUCUGAUGUCCGCACCUUUCUUGGCUAUGGUGAACUCACUGAUGAACAAACAGGUGCAUCCCUCGAGAAGUCUGUCCCCCUGAAGAGUAUUUUGCAAAAGAUGUACGUCAAAUCCAAGAAGAACCCGACGGUGAAAAAGAACAGCAUGAAGAUCAUGAAGAAAUCUAUGAAGUGA